UAAGUGCUUAUUCCCAAAAAUGUUUAUUAUAUAAGUGCUUAUUCAUAAGCUAAUUUGAUAUGCUUAUUCAAAUAAUCAUAAAAUAGCUUAUAGGUCUUAUAAGUGACUAUUCAUAAGUUAAUCUGAACAACUCAAAACAAUUUAGGCUUAACUGCACUUUUGGUCCCCCACAUUUACCAUUUGUGCGAAAAUCGUCCCCCACAAAAAUCAUUAGCAAAAGACAUCCUCCACGUUUACUGCCGUUUGCAGUUUUCGUUUUCAGCCUAUUUUCCAUGAAGAAACUAACGGAAGGAGGCUUAUGUGUCACUUUUUAAUGACAUGGCAGAGAGAGAUGGGAGAGGGAUGCCAUGGAGACAAACACGUGAUUGUCACGUGCUGUGAACCACACCCAACGGUCAGAUCGUCUUCCUCAACGAGAAAAUGGAGGUUGGAACCCUACAAAAGAGGGGUUUUGUUGUUCAGAUGAAAUUGACUUGAGUUGAAGCAAAAUCUGAACUACACAAGGGUGCUAAUCUGAAACGCGAAGUCGAGGUUUGAUUCGAAUGGGUGGGGUGAGUAAAAAUUCAUGCUCUUCAUCUGGUUCCCAGGUGUCAAAAAGAAGGUUCAUAUACUGUGAUUGUGGAGUUCGAUCUCCACUCCUCACGUCAUGGACAGAUGAGAACUAUGGAAGGAAGUUCUUUGGCUGUGGACUCUAUGAGGUCUAUGGGAAGAAAUGUUGUGAUUUUUUCCAAUGGUUUGAUGAUGAUGAUAGCAUUGGAAAGGAUCAUGUGAUUGCUCGACUAGUUAAGAGGAUUGAAGAAAUGAAGAAUAAGAAUGAAGAGUUUAUCCAUAAGAAUGAAGAAUUGAAGCACAAGCUUGAAGAAAUGAAGAAGAAACAGAGUGUGAUGUUGUUUUUCUUGGUUGUUAGUUUGCUUCUUCUCAUUUUGUUGGUGACUGCCUAUGUAACUAAAUAGGAUAUUAGGAAUGGUACAAGUUGUUUGUAUGGAUUAUGUUGCUUCUUCUAUGUUGUUUUAUUGGAAAUUAAAUUCAACAGAUCAAGCGUCUCCCUGUUUGAACUUUGAACAUCUUAAUAUAUCAGAGAAGUAGUUCACCAACAUAAGCUGUCUUCAAUAUUGCUUUCUAUAUCUUAAUGUCUUU